AUGUGGCCUGUCUUAUGGCUGGCUGCCCUUGUGACCGUAGUAUUUGGCCAAUUCGAUCCUACUCGACCAUGUUUCUGUAAGAUUGGAGAAGCUGUGGAUUCGUGCAGUUGCAAUGAACCUAACAUCGAUCAGCUGAAUAAUGUGGAAAUUUAUGAAAAACUGCAAAAAUUGCUCAAGAGGGACUUCUUCCGGUUCUAUCGAGUCAACAUGGACAAGCCAUGUCCAUUCUGGCCCGAUGACCGGCAAUGCGGUUCGAAGCAAUGUGGUAUUGCUUUCUGCGAUGAUGAAGUACCUGCCGGCCUACGUCGCCGUGCUGUCGUCUCUACGGAUUGCCCGAAUGCCGGUGAAAAAAGCAAUGACUUUGACCCAAUGGAUCGAAGCCUUGAUGAAAGAUAUCGGGAACAGCUCAGAGAAAUGGAUAUUCAUGAUGAUCAAGAGAAUAAAUUCUGUGAAGUAGACGAUGAGGACUCCACCGAUAUGCACUAUGUUGAUCUGUCGAAAAAUCCAGAACGUUAUACCGGAUAUUCUGGGGACUCUGCCCUCCGCGUAUGGAAGAGUAUUUACCAAGAAAACUGUUUCAAGCCGGAUAUGAAAUUUGACAAAAACUUCCUUACGCAUCCGAACAAUUUUGGAUUGUGUCUUGAGAAACGGGUGUUCUAUAGGCUGAUUUCUGGAUUCCAUUCGGCAAUUACAAUCUCAAUUGCCGCAUAUAAUUACAAGCCUCCCCCUGCUGGUUUUGGCGUUGGAUCAUGGUUCCGCAAUACGGAAAUGUUUGCUGGACGCUUUGGGACCAAGUGGAGUUGGGAAGGUCCACAACGGUUGAAGAAUGUUUAUUUUGUGUUCUUAUUGGAGCUACGUGCUUUGUUGAAAGUGGGCCCUUAUUUGCAAAAAGAGCUCUUCUAUACAGGAAAUGAAAAGGAAGAUAUAGAAACGCGUGUCGCCAUCGAUGAAUUGUUAGAUAUCAUUCGCCAGUUCCCGGAUAAAUUCGACGAGCAUGAGUUGUUUACGGGAGUUGAAUCACAUGCGCGUGAAUUACGAGAAGAAUUCCGAUCGCAUUUUCUCAAUAUUUCUCGGAUAAUGGAUUGUGUAGCAUGUGACAAGUGUCGAUUAUGGGGCAAGGUCCAAAUCCACGGUAUGGGCACAGCUCUGAAGAUUCUCUUCUCAGACUUACCCCAUUCCCACUACAGGAUUGGCGCUGAUGGUGUCGCUCAAAGCGCACCUUUCCAGCUAACCAGAAAUGAAGUCGUCUCGCUAUUUCAAAGUCUUGGUCGAUACUCGUCAAGUAUCAAGGAAGUAGGAGAAUUCAGGAAGGAAAUGCUACCAGAUCAUCCCGGUAUAGACGAAUUAUGA